CUGAGACUUACAAUGCGUUAAGCAAUAGCAUUCAUACUUUUGUAUACUUUUACAAAGUCAGCUUAUUGCCCCCACAAACUGGGUCCUCAAUUUACCUACCUUAAAAAGGAUGGAAGGCUGAGUCAACCUUGAGCCUGGCAAGAUUCGAACUUACUUUAAUUGCAGACAGCUGGAGUUAAAUUACAAUGCAUUAGUCUGCUGAGCUAUCCAGGCUCCAUGACUUUUGAAGUCUCUCUGGGAGCAGCCUGGGCUUCUCAACUAUGAAAAGAGUGGGGAGAAAAGGAUCCCUUUCUUGGCCUUCCUCACUUGGUAACUUUUGGAUGUGGGGAAAAGUGCGGGUUGACAACUCUUCCACUCUUUGUUGGCUGGACAUUCUGGCAGCUGUAAUACUGGGAAGGCUUGGAGAAAGCUGAUUUAAGCUGGAGACACCAAAGAAAAGAAAAACAAACUACGAUUAGGAAAAAUGUCAGUGGCUUGUUAAGGCCGCUUGAAAAUCCCCAAAGCAUGUAUAUUAAAACCAGAAGGGGAGGGUCAGGGCCUUUUUAAGUUUGUGCAUAAAUAUCUUGAAUUGCUUCUAAGGAAAUAUCCAAACACACACAGACACACCCCUCCUUUCCACCACGUUGAGUUAUGUAACUGGGUGUGGUACUCUUCAGAGCUAGCCUGCCUGUUUUGAAAAAGGUGCUACUGUGUUAGUGGUGAUAUAUUUUUUUAAUUAAUCGAGUGGCACUUAAAUCUGCCUGCUGCCAUAUAAACUUGGGUGGCUCUUGAAACUAUGAAAGAAGAACAAGGAAGCUGCAGCUGAUGUUUCUCCUUCACCUUCUGCGUAUGAUACUACUACCAAUAAAUAAUAAUAAUAUACCUUGAACACCUUCAAAGAACAGCACUCGCCUAUCCCAGGAGAGCUUCCUCCAAAGGUCUCUCACUUUCCUGUCAUGGCAACGAUUGUAUCCGAAAAACUCAGCCACCUCUUCAUCAACCUCCAGCACUUGUGCAAAAUCCCUCAACUUCUGUCCAAGUCCUUGCCUGCUCAGGCAUCCUGCACAGUAGCAGCCUCGGAGGUGCCCCAGCUUUUCCGGAAGCCUUACAUUCACGCCGGCUACCGACCCCUCCACCGGAGCUGGGCCUUCUACUUCCUGUCCCUCUUCCAGCAGCACAACGAAGCGCUCAACGUCUGGACGCAUCUGCUGGCGGCUUUCAUGCUGCUGGGGCGGUUCUGGCAACUCUCCCAGAUAGUGGAUUUUGUGGGCGACCCACACGCACAGCCCUUCUGCAUCGUGGCUGUGUCCUCCAUCAUCUACUCAACCUUCAGCACCUUGGCUCAUCUCUUGCAAGCCAAGUCUGAGUUCUGCCACUACACGUUCUUCUUCUUGGACUAUGUAGGGGUAGCCACCUACCAGUACGGUAGCGCUUUGGUGCAUUAUUACUAUGCCAUUGAGCCAGAAUGGCAUGCCUGGAUCUCCAGUUUCUACAUUCUGGGCGCGGUGGGGUUGGCUUGGUUGUCCUGUGCUGGUUCCUGCUAUGCCAAAUACCGAUGCCCACACCUCUCCCCUCUGCAGGGCAGGCUCUGCCAGGAAAUGCCCUCCGCAGUAGCCUAUGCUUUAGACAUCAGCCCUGUGCUUCAUCGUAUCUACACCUCCACUAUCUCUGGAAAAAGCGACUUGGCUGCUACCUACCAUAAGUGCCACGUUUUGUGCUUCCUGGUUGCAGCCUUUUUUUUCGCCUACCCCUACCCCGAGAAGUGGUUUCCUGGGAAGUGUCACUUUGUUGGACAAGGCCACCAGCUCUUCCACAUGUUCCUCAUACUUUGUACCUUCAUCCAGUUAGAGGCGGUGCUUGUCGAUUACCGGACUAGGCGGGACAUUUAUGCUAAGCUGCAUGGUGACCUCGCUCCCUUUUUUUCCAUCAUGUGCCUUGUGGUGAUGGCUUGCUGUGGCCUCACCGCCCUCUACAUGACGGUCAAAGUCAAACACAAAGUCUGGCCGAAGCGGGACUGAGUUAAGGGGAUGCCGGCUGCUGGGGAUUUACCGCCAGCUUCUUCUUGCUCUGGGAAUGUCUGUCCUGCUGUCGUUUAGGAAACUGAAUAAGAUAGGUAGCUAUUGCUGGGGUCUUCCCCUCCUCUUGCACUGGAGAUCUUGCUUGCGGGUUGCUCUGUCCAGGCAACUGAGAUGAUAAGUGGGAAGUUGCAUCACAAAGGAAGUGACCAAACUCUUUCGUGGAAAGGAAUUCGCGUUUUGUUUCCUGGAGGGUGGUACUAUAACUCUGCUGUCUCUGAUUGAAGGGAGAACAUGUUGCUGGUAUACCUCUCAGAAGCUACUUCCAUCCUUCUGAAUCAGAACUGGCAGCCUUUGGGCUUUUAGGAAUCCACUUGAUUAUUAUAAGAGUUCCCAGAUCCACAAAAGGGACCCUGGGCCAGAAGGAUCGAUUUAGGAUCCCGAGGCCCGGAACUGGUUCUGAAUAUCAGAACUAGAUGGAGCAACCCAACAUUCACCCUAGGCUUCUCCAAACUUCCUCCAUUUCAGCAGUGCUUGGGAAGUAAUGGGUGGAGUGGUUUCUUUCACUGCUGCCAAUUAAAACAAGUGUCAGCCUAUCGGCCAUGAACCGCACAGAGAAAUACCUGACUAUAUUCUUUAGGCCUCUUCCUUUUUUAUAAGUAGUGGAAGAGCUUCCGGAAGAGAGAUUAGAGAUGGCACUUAACCAGCACUUCCCCUGGAGGAGAGGACUUCCUAGCCUCCAUAUUUUGAAUGAAAAUAGCUCUUGCUCUGGGUUUCACUGGUUUGGGGAGUUUUGUUUUGUUUUGUUUUGUUUUGUUUUAUUUUGUUUUGUUUUGUCCAGCACCUUUGCACUCCCAGCCCCACAAUUCUGUGCCCUCCUUCGGGGCACUCGUCAUGCAGCACUAGUGCCUUCACAGAUUGCCUUCUGCAAUAUCCAGACGAAAGCAUCCUUCCUUGUUUUGGGAAACAAACCAUCUAGGACAGUGUUUCUCAACCUUGGAAGCUUGAAGAUGGGUGGACUUCAACUCCCAGAA